CUAUGAAAGCAUCUGUUGUUGAUGAAGAGGAGGAAGGACUUCCUUCCCCGCCCUUGGAGGACUUAGCUUUUGUUUCUACUCAGACCACUUCAAUCGAGUUUUCAAAAAUCUUCAAAGUAGUGGGGAAUCCAACAAGAGCCAUGAAAAUGGCCGGAAGGCAUCGAUGGAGAACAAUAAUCCUGUCCGGAAGCAGCGGGUUACCGAGAGUGUCACUGUUGCUCCAAAGGACAAGAAAGGUGAGCAACCAAAGAAAAAAACAUCAGCUGUCAAACCAAAUAAGCCUUCCGGAGACGAUUCAAGACCUGGAAGACCGAUAAAACCAACAUUUGAAAGGCAGCUUAACGUUGUCAAACCAAAUAAGCCUUCUGGAGGCGAUCCAAGACCUGGAAGACCGAUAAAACCAACAUUUGAAAGGAAGCUCAACAGUGAUGAAAGGAAACUCCUGCAGAAAUCUGACAAAAGCAAAAUUCAAAAGAGGCCCGUGUCUAUCCAACAAAAUAGACUGAAAUGUCCAGAUGAGGACGCAGCUCAUGUGAAACUUGAGUCGACAAAGAGAAAGCUCCAGGAGCGUUACCAAGAAGCUGAAGAGGGCAAGAGGCAGCGGACAAUUCAGGUUAUGGAGUUGCACGACAUUCCCAAACGGGUGCUCCAAAAGAAAGGUCCCGGCCUUAGAAAUCCUCAUACGAGACCGGGUAACCAUAAUAGGCAUUUGGUAAAUGGGCGUUGGUGAAUCAUUUCUUCGCCUUUGCAAGUCGCCUUACUGAUCUGGACUUAUCACUCAAAACAUAGUGGAUCUCAUGUAGUUGAACUCUACAUAUAGGUCAGUCCCGAAUUAGGAGAGGCAUGAGUUUUGAAAUGUUGUCAAGUUAUACAUUUUCCUGAAAAAUACAGGACAAGGUUUGGCACCUUUGUUCUGAAUUUCUUCAUCUGUUGGAAGGAACUGAGUUGUGCCCCCGUUUUCGACGACUAUUCGCACAGAAUAAGUACAUUUUCAUGAGGCUGGUCCUUUUUGUAUACAGAUGAUUCAAAUAUGAAAGGAAUACAAAAGUUGGACUUAUGCA